CGCCCUGUUCAUUUCAAUGGGCUCGCACCUCAUCCGAUCCAACUCUUCUGCCUUGGUUAGCUGCUGCUUUGCUUGUAACUGGCUAGCGUUAGCUACUAAGCUCCUGCUUAUCGUGUUUUUUUUUGUGUGUGACGAUUUUGGAGGGACUAUAUUGUAUUUUCUACCUGGGAAUCAUACAAGACCUCGGAUAUAAUACGAAGAUUUUGUCCAUUUGGAUCGCGGAGUUCGCUGGUCUUGACUGCGUAUCAAACAGCAGGUGUUUUAAGAUGCCGCAGUGAGUGUGGAGCUGAAUCCUAGCUGAAGCCUCAGCAUGUCUGUCCUGCUGACGGUGGUGGUGGGUGUGGUGGGGUGGGGGGCCGUGGUCCAGGGGGCUCUGUGUCCCGGAGGGGUCCUUGGUAACUGCCCCACCCAGCAGAGCAACACCUCCGGUGGGGGUAAGACCUCCAGGGACUACUGCUACACCGCCCGUAUCCGAUCCACCGUGCUCCAGGGCCUGCCCUUCGGAGGGGUGCCCACCGUCCUCGCGCUCGACUUCAUGUGCUUCCUGGUACUCCUGUUUGUGUUCUCCAUCUUGAGAAAGGUAGCGUGGGACUACGGCCGCUUGGCGUUGGUGACUGACGCAGACAGACAGAAUCAGCGAUACAGCCGUCUGGAUGAACAGAAACAUGUGGCGUCUGCCAUGACGUCGGAGCUACCCGAUCGCUACGAACGCCUGACUUCUGUCUCCAGCUCAGUGGACUUUGAGCAGAGAGACACUGGCUUCUGCUCCUGGUUAACAGCCAUCUUCCGCAUAAAGGAUGAGGAGAUCAGGGAAAAGUGUGGGGAGGAUGCAGUACACUACCUCUCCUUCCAGAGGCACAUCAUUGGUCUGCUGGUGGUGGUGGGCGUGCUCUCAGUGGCCAUUGUCCUGCCCGUCAACUUCUCAGGAAAUCUAUUGGAAAACAAUGCCUACAGUUUUGGGCGUACCACUAUAGCCAAUCUGGAUGCCAAUAACAUGUUGCUGUGGCUCCACACCACCUUUGCGUUCCUCUACCUGUUGCUGACCGUGUACAGCAUGAGACGACACACCUCCAAGAUGCACUACAGAGAGGAAGAUCUGGUGAAACGCACUUUAUUUGUCAACGGGAUCUCCAAGUAUGCAGAGGAGAAGCACAUCAAGCAACACUUUGAACAGGCUUAUGAAAACUGUUGUGUGCUAGAGGCUCGUAUUUGUUACGAUGUGGCCAAGCUGAUGUCCCUCAACUCAGAAAGGAAGAAGACUGAACGUAGCAUGAAGUUCUUUAAAGACCUACAGUCCAAGGAGCACAUCCCCACCAUGAUCAACCCCAAACCCUGUGGACAUCUCUGUUGUUGUAUCAUCAAGGGCUGUGAACAGGAGGAGGCAGUGAGUUACUACACCAAGCUGGAGUCCAAGCUGAAGGAGGAGUACAGGAAGGAGAAAGAGAAGGUCAACAGUAAACCGCUGGGAAUGGCCUUCGUUACCUUCCAGAACGAAGCCAUGACCGCCAUUAUCCUGAAGGACUACAAUGCCUGUAAUUGUCAGGGCUGCCACUGUCAGAGGGAACCCAGGUCUUCUUCCUUCAGCCAGCACCUUCACACAUAUUCCUGGACGGUCGGCUACGCACCAGACCCACAGAACGUCUACUGGGAGCAUCUGUCAGUUGGAGGGUUCCCCUGGUGGCUGAGAUGCUUCAUCAUCAACUGUAUCCUCUUCCUCCUCCUCUUCUUCCUCACAACCCCCGCCAUCAUCAUCUCCACCAUGGACAAGUUCAACGUCACCAAGCCUGUCGAGUACCUCAACAACCCCAUUGUGACCCAGUUCUUCCCCACCCUGCUGCUGUGGGCCUUCUCCGCCCUGCUACCCACCAUCGUAUACUACUCUGCCUUCUUCGAGGCCCACUGGACACGGUCUGGAGAGAACAGGACCACCAUGCAUAAAUGUUAUACCUUCCUCAUCUUUAUGGUCUUACUGCUGCCCUCUCUAGGACUCAGCAGUCUGGACGUUUUCUUCCGAUGGCUGUUUGACAAGCGCUUCCUGGCUGACGCUGCCGUGAGGUUUGAGUGUGUGUUCCUGCCUGACAACGGGGCGUUCUUUGUGAACUAUGUCAUCGCGUCGGCGUUCAUCGGUAACGCCAUGGAUCUGCUGAGGAUCCCUGGUCUGCUCAUGUAUAUGACCCGGCUGUGUCUGGCUCGCUCUGCUGCCGAGAGACGCAACGUCAAGAGGCACCAGGCGUAUGAGUUCCAGUUCGGGGCGGCCUAUGCCUGGAUGAUGUGUGUCUUCACUGUGGUCAUGACAUACAGCAUCACCUGUCCAAUCAUCGUCCCCUUCGGUCUGAUGUACAUGCUGUUGAAGCACCUGGCAGAUCGCUACAACAUGUACUAUGCCUACCUUCCCUCCAAGCUGGACAAGAAGAUCCACUCUGGGGCCGUCAACCAGGUGGUGGCAGCACCUAUCCUCUGUCUCUUCUGGCUCCUGUUCUUCUCCACUCUCCGCACAGGUUUCUCAGCCCCUACCUCUAUGUUUACCUUCAUCGUUCUGAUCAUCACCAUCAUCGUCUGCUUGUCCCAUGUCUGCUUCGGACACUUCAAAUAUCUCAGCGCUCACAACUACAAGAUUGACGCGGAGAAUGUGGAUGGUGUAGAGAAUGGUCGUCCAGCACGCACUUCUCCCUUCAAUAAUUCAGCACAGAUGUACAUUGCCUCAGUCCUCCAGGACCCCAGUUUAGACGAGCUGGGUUCGGCUGGCAGCGGGGUCAGCGAGGGUUCGCAGGACGAGGAGAUCAUCCAAGUGGGGAACAGCCUCAAUGAGGCCGACUUCCAGAGCGGCGAGGACGGUCUCCUCGCUAACGAGGUGCGGCACUGACGUCAGGAGACUCCGGAGACGGUUGUCAGGGUGGAGACGGAGGACGGGGAGAGAGGAGCAGAGACUGAGAUGGCAGAAACUAAAGUUUAAUUUCACCGACUGGAUGGAUGCACUGACCUAGUGAAUUAAGCUACAGAGCUGAAACGGACUGAGCUUUAAAAGACAUGGAUAGACCACUAACCUUAAAGUCCUGAACAGACUAUUACAUUGUCUACACACACACACACACACACACACACACACACACACACACACACACACACACACACAAUACAACACACACAAUACAACACACACAGAGAGAGAGAGAGAAUGUGUCUACUAAAGGAUUGGUAACUCUCCCUUCCAACUAUUGAUCUAGCGCUGACUGUGAAGGAGGGAUCUUUCCUUCCCACAAUCCUUUGCCUGUUCUGCCUGCACCCCUAAUCGACUCUGUGCCCUAGAGGCUUCGUCACAAUAAGCAGCCUAAUAUGAGAAGAUGAAGAAGAAGAAGAAGAAGAAGAGGAGGAGGAGAAAUGUCUGUCAGCAUCACACACACACACACACUGUUCGCCUGCUCUGGUCUCCCCCCCUACUCUGUCCCGACGGUCUCCGGGAGUCUCUGGGUGGUUCCAACCCUGUGUAAAAAAAUAAAUUUAAAAGAAGGAAUGUGGUCACCGUGACGACGGCCACUGUAACAAACUGAACUAAACACUCCUCUGCUUUCCUUUUGGAAUUGUUCAGCAACAAAAACUCUGGAUUUGCAAAAAUGUAAAAUAGCCUUUUUUUGGGGGGGGAAAUGGUAUUUAUUUUUAGGCAUGGUUAUUUUUUAAGUUGGUCUGAAAACUUUAAUAAUCAAUUAACUACUUGUUUCGACAUUUAAAAACAAA